AAAAUAAUCCUCCCAUUGCAUUGCCAUUACAAGAGCAGCUACCAGAACAUAAAUUACUUAUUUACUUACUUACUUUUGCGUUCAUUCCUUUGCUAUUCAUCAUGACUGACACAAAGCAAGAUAUUGCAGAUCCUGCUGAUGGAAAAAAUGUCCAAGAUUUAACACAGUUUGUGCAACAACUUUUGGAGCAAAUGCAGAACAACUUCCAGUCAAUGUCUGACCGCAUCAUAGGCAGAAUAGAUGAGAUGGGAAACCGCAUCGAUGACCUUGAGAAGAGUGUUGCUGACCUCAUGAUGCAGGCUGGAGUCGACGAGUCAGAGAAAGCCGACAAGUAGACUCCAACCACUCCUAACCCACCCACCCACCAUGGCAAUAUCAUGGCAGGAUCCUUUCCUUUGAAUCAUUUGAUGUUGGUUUGAAUUUUAUAUUCCAAAAACACUCUUUGGGUUUAGGUACUUUCAAUAUUGAAAUUUGAUCAAAGGAUGCAAAAACAGUAAUUUCCUUUUGUUUUACAGACAGAAAAUUUGAUCACCCUAUCUUCAUUUCUAACUUUUUUCAUUCAAUUGAUAUUGAGAAAAAAAAGAGUGUACCCUCUUUGCAGUUUCUAAAAGUGAAAAGAUUUCAUUUAUAAAUGGUAAAACCUCUGUUCACAUCUAUCAAUACAUUUAAAUGGAAGAUUCUGUCCUUAGCAAACGGUAGACUAUAUUCAUCUUGAUGUUCUUCCAGAUGAAAGAUAUGAAAAGUGUCCUUCAACAAUUCAGCUAUGUAAUGUUUCAUGUGUUUGUUGCUACAUGUAGAACAUGUGAUAUUUUGUACAUUUUCUUUUUAUAUUCCUCUAUAAACAUUCUUUUUUAGAUCAUUUAGAGUGAGCGUAUUGUAUAAGUUAUAGAAAUUAAAAUCCUGCCCUCAAAAUUACCAAAAAUGAAAUAGCAAGGACAAGAUGCAACAAGUUUGGUGCAAUAUUUCCUUUGUUUUUUUUUCCAUGUGUCAUAAUUGACUGUAUUGGAAAGAGACUGCCGUAUUGUCAUACAACUUAAUGCAUGUAACAAUUCAGUGACCAUCACAUCAAUUUAUUAACAUGGUCAACAUAUAAAUCAUGGGUUAAGUGCCUCAAAUUUCUCCCUUCUACAAAUUAAGCAUGGAGCCAGGGACUGUAAAUUAGUCCAAGGGCUUUCGAGGCAGUAUAUGAGGAUAUUAUGUACCCUGAAUUUUGACCUGUAAACAAAGGAAUUUGGUUGUGCUUCAAAUUGCAACAUGUAGGUUACUCAAGUCUUAAUGAAUAUGAAAUAUCUUUUCAUAUCACAGUAGAAAAUUUGUUUGCUUCUUUAAUUACGUGUAAUGUAUUUAUUAAUAUAGGACUUUCUAGGUGCUACAUGUAUGUUAAUGUUGAUAUUGCUUUAAAUAUAAUUAGAGAAAUAUUGAAAGUAAUUUCCCAGUCGUUAAAGUGUUAUGGCAACAGUUUACUUAAAGAAUUCAAUAAAUAGGCAAAGAAAUAAGAAUAGAAUACAACAAAAAUGUACAUCCCUUCAAUUUUGAUCCAUAGAUACAUGUACAGCGAUACUAUUAACUAAAUAUAUAAAUAAAAAAUAUUUUGGUAUCAAGCCAUACAAAUGUUUUCAAAAAGUACAUUGUAACUCAAAUAAUAUUAGCUCAUGCUUAAACUGUAGUCUAUAUAUUCAAGUAAUUCUUACUUAAUAGUCAAUAGAGUAGUGGAAACCUAGCAAAAGAAAUAGUAUUCUAUUGCAAGGCCCCUGAUAAGUCAUCAAAGACAUCUAUUCUGAAUACAAUUUUUGAAUUUUGUUUGCUGCUCUAUGUGCUACUGUAUAAAAUGUAGGCUCCCGUGGUAUGGCUUCAUUAUUAUGAUGUACAUUUUGCUUUGCCAAUGUCUGUUUUUAUUAUCCACAGACCUGUAAGAUAAUGUAUAAAAUGUAAUUAAAAUAUCAUGAAUAACUUACAAAUGGAAAGUCAUGUUUGGAAGAUAUGCUCAUGAAUAUCCAUUGACAAAAUGACAUGUACAAAUGCAUUACAUGGUUAUGGAUUACAUGGAACUACAAAGAAACAUCCAACAUUAGAAAGCAAAUCAAGAGAACACAAUAAUAUAUAGUUAUAUUUCUUCUUAUAAUCAGUUCAGUUUUUAAUGCAAGCGUCUCUCUGGUAGAGCAUGUUAAAUAGUUAUAUUUUUGAUGGGCAAGGCCUUAUUGUCAAUUUAUAAGGUCUGUUUGUCAUCAUAAUUGUGCUUUAUUUCUUUGUUUUCAUGCAUGUGAAUAUAUAUUCUCCAGUUUUGUAGAAAAUGAACUAAUUAGGAACAUUUUUUUUAGUGCUACAUGUACAUGUAUUUGGUUUAAUAUUUUUCUCUAAACUACAGCUUUCUUCUACAUGUGUAUGACUUGUUAGUUUGACAGUUUGAAUAUUUAUCUUGAUGCAUGUUCAUAGAAACAUCAUGUAAAUUCUUUAAUUUGAAAAGAAAUGCAUGAUUUUGAAAUAGAGGAAGAGAAUAAAUUCUUUUGCUGUGAACA